AUGUGGGAUGAAAUAAAUAACGUGGGACUUAGAAAUCACUACUUUUGCUCCGUGUACGCUUCUCGAAUGAUGGUGAAGAAUCGAAGCGGUUUGAUCGCGAAUAUAAGUUCAGCUGGUGGAUUAAGAUAUCUGUUCAAUGUACCCUAUGGAGCUGGAAAACAAGCUCUGGACAGAUUGUCAGCUGAUAUGGCGGUGGAACUUAAGUCCAAGAACGUUUGCGUGGUGUCAAUUUGGCCUGGUGCUGUACGAACGGAAUUAAUAACCAAUAAAUUCCUCAAUACGGAUAUGGCAGCAUCAGACGAGCGCGCUAAGAUGUUCCGGGAAGGUGAGACCUCAGAAUAUCCAGGGAUGGCAAUUGUAGCUUUAGCGAAUGAUAAUAGAAGAAUGGAGAAGACAGGCCGCAUCCUAAUCACAGCAGAUAUGGGAGCUGAGUAUGGAUACAGAGAUAUCGAUGGUCGUGAUCCACCAAAUAUGCGGAGUCUGUCCUUCUUACUACAUCACGGCGGAUACAAACAGACUGCUGGAUAUAUACCAUCAUGGGUGAAGCUUCCUGGCUGGCUCCUAUGGGGAGCUAACAGCCGAUUGUAA